CGGGCUGUGUGGGGGGUGAGACUCGCUCAUCACUUUGCCAGCACAAACGGACCAGAUCUGAACAGUGCAGACGGGAGCGGAUGGUGUAGCCUGGCCAAACAGUGGGAUUACAGACUUAAACUGGCAUUUCUGACUGUGAACAGUUUAAAUAAAACCUUCACCCAGAAUGUGGGCAGAUGAAGAGAUUUCUGGAAAAAGACAACGAGAACCUGGCAGCGUGAGGCUGAUUUCUGUGGGAGAGGAGAACAUCUAAAGAAGCCUGUUUAGAAAAGAAGGCUUCAGAGACCUGCCAACUCCUUGUGUUGUGAAUGAAGGACUGAGGCGGACUGCAAGCUAAAAUGAUGGCAGGGCGAGGACACCCUGCCAUUAUCCUUCUUCUUCUCUUACUUGUUUUGGUGGGAAUUAUUUCUGAGGCCCAGGGCUCUGGUUACCUGUCUGGGUUUCGCCUCAGGUCCCGUUUGCAGAGGGACCGCCAAAUGAGAAACGUCCGACCCAACAUCAUUCUUAUCCUCACAGAUGAUCAGGACAUAGAACUGGGCUCAAUGCAGGCCAUGAACAAAACUCGACACAUCAUGGAGAAGGGAGGUACACAUUUUUCAAACGCUUUCUCCACCACCCCCAUGUGCUGCCCAUCCCGCUCCUCCAUCCUGACAGGGAAGUACGUGCACAACCACCACACUUACACCAACAAUGAGAACUGCUCCUCGCCCUCUUGGCAGGCACAGCAUGAGCCGCACACAUUCGCCGUGCACCUUAACAACUCUGGCUACAGAACAGCAUUUUUUGGAAAGUAUCUGAACGAGUACAAUGGCUCCUAUGUGCCCCCUGGCUGGAAGGAAUGGGUAGCGCUGGUGAAAAAUUCCCGCUUCUACAACUACACCCUCUGCCGAAAUGGAGUACGGGAGAAACACAGCAGUGACUACACAAAGGACUACCUGACGGACAUUAUCACCAAUAACAGCAUCAACUACUUCCGCAUGUCCAAGAGGAUGUACCCUCACCGGCCUGUCCUGAUGGUACUGAGCCAUGUUGCUCCUCACGGUCCUGAGGACUCUGCUCCACAGUACAGCGCUGCCUUUCCCAAUGCCUCUCAGCACAUAACCCCGAGCUACAACUAUGCUCCGAACCUGGACAAGCACUGGAUCCUCCGCUACACUGGAGCCAUGAAGCCUGUCCACAUGCAGUUCACUAACAUGCUUCAGCGCAGGAGGAUGCAGACUCUACUGUCUGUGGAUGAUAGUGUGGAAAAGGUGUACAACGCAUUGGUGGAGACGGGUGAACUGGACAACACCUACCUCAUUUACACCUCGGACCACGGCUAUCAUAUCGGCCAGUUUGGCCUGGUAAAGGGCAAAUCAAUGCCCUAUGAGUUUGAUAUCCGCGUACCAUUCUAUGUACGAGGACCUAAUGUGGAACAAGGCACUACAAAUCCUCACAUUGUGUUAAACAUUGACUUGGCACCGACUUUGCUGGAGAUGGCGGGUGUUGAUAUUCCUGCCGAAAUGGAUGGCAAGUCCAUCCUCAAACUUCUGACCACAGAUCGACCGAUGAACAGGUUCCAGUUGAACAGGAAAGGGAAAACAUGGAGAGACUCCUUCCUGGUGGAGAGAGGGAAGCCUCCGCACAAGAGAGCCGAUGGGAAGGAAAUGGCCCAGGAGGAGAACUUCCUGCCAAAAUACCAGAGGGUGAAGGACUUGUGCCAGAAAGCAGAGUACCAGACUUCAUGCCAGCAACCAGGACAGAAGUGGCAGUGUGUAGAGGAUCCAACUGGCAAGCUGAGGCUGCAUAAGUGUAAAGGCAUGGCGAGUCUGUUUGCCCCAAGCAUGCAGGCUCUAAUGGCCAGUAGUCCCUCUACGCUGCCUGUCACUUCCAACUUUAAUGAGUGCAACUGCGGCGAUGCAGACUUCAAAACGUCUCUCCUCAAGAAGAAGAGACUCCUAAACAAAAAGAAGAUAAAAUCCAGUAAAGCUGUGACCAGGAAGCGGUGGGCCCGCUCUGUAUCAUUUGAGCUGGAUGGAGAUCUGUACGCUGUAGACUUGGAGGAGGGCUUCAAGCCUCUGGGAUCCAGGAAUGGCAGUUGGACCAGAGACGGGUGGAAAGGCAGAGGCAUCGGAGAUGAUGGUGAAGAAUUCAGUGGAAUGGGAGUCGCAGCCAAACCCACCAGCCGUGACAAACUCGCACCACCUGCUGCUUUAAAAGUCACAUACAGAUGUUCCAUUCUUAUGAACGACACUGUUAAGUGUGAUGGGGGCCUCUAUAAGUCCCUUCAAGCAUGGAAAGACCACAAACUGCACAUUGAGCAUGAGAUUGAAACUUUGCAGACCAAAAUCAAGAACUUGCGUGAGGUGAAAGGUCACCUGAAAAAGGUGCGGCCAGAGGAAUGUCAGUGCAACACACCCAGUUAUCUUCUCAAGAAUAAGGAGGCUUCUCUGCUAAAUGUUGAGCAAAUGCACUCUCUGAGAAUGCCAUCAAAGCAGAAGAAUCAGUGGCUGCAGAAGGAACAGAAACGCAGAAAAAAAUUUCGUAAAUUCCUUAAGAGGCUCCAGAACAAUGACACCUGCAGUAUGCCUGGUCUUACCUGCUUCACACAUGACAACCAUCACUGGCAGACUGCCCCCUUCUGGACAAUGGGUCCGUUCUGUGCCUGCACUAGUGCCAAUAACAACACGUACUGGUGCCUGAGGACCAUCAAUGACACACACAAUUUCCUGUUCUGUGAAUUUGCCACUGGUUUCAUGGAAUAUUUUGACCUGAGUACUGACCCCUAUCAGCUGAUAAAUGCUGUCAGCACUCUUGAUCGCAAUGCUCUGAAUUCAAUGCAUCAACAACUCAUGGGCUUACGGAGCUGCAAGGGCCACAAGCAAUGCAACCCGGAGAAGGGAGGAAAGGAGAGAAACCACUUCAGUGAAUAUAGGCCAGUUCAUCGUCGAAAGAGGCCAAAAAUGAAGAAGCCCUCCUCCAAAUCACUGGGGCAGAUUUGGGAAGGAUGGGUUGGUUAACCACUUGCAGCCCAAAACCCACUAUACCAGCCUCCUAAAGCAGAGGAAGGAGAAUGAAGACUAUAUACAAACCUAAGGACCUUGACCACACUUUGCUGAACCAUAACCUAAGAUACUGUUCAUCUCUAAACUGGGUUUAGUUUAUGGGAGAGUUGCUCUUUGUGGCCUUUGUGUGGAUGCGACACCAAGACUGAAGAGGUUAAAAAACUUUUCAAUUAUCUUCAUUGGAAAACAUCUCAUAAUCAUUUAUAUUUGUUACCACCCCACCUUUUGAGAUUAUCACCAGCCAGAUGCUGUAAAAAGUGGGGUCAGGUUGGUGUCCAAAAGCCAUUCAGCUUGGCAGUAAUCCUUGUAGAUAAUAUACAGAAUAUCGCUUUAAUCUGCUUUCCUCCGUGGAAAAUGGGACUGGACGGAAACAUGAUGAGCUUCGUGUCAACUCUGCUGCUACACAAUGACAUGGCCUCGCUAUGUGUUUGUGGCACAUGCCGAUGAGAAACUGAACAAACAUCAUAUUUCCCACACCGACGUGUUUGCACAUGGAAGUGAUGUGAACUUUCUAACAACCAACUGUAUCAAACUUCUCGCUAUAAUCUUUUGUGUUAUAGUCUAUCUUAACACUGAAUGUCUUUUUACGAGGACUCAUCUCCCUCACAGCUGUGAGAUGUGAAGGGACCAGACUUUCCUUACAAUCAUUCGACCACCUACACAAACAAACCUCAAAUAGGCAUACACUAACCACUAUCUCACAGUCAUUAGAACAGAAGAAUAUUCAACCCCUGAACUCAAAGCGACAUUAGCCACCAUGAUGCUACUUCUUUGUACUGAUGGUAACUCACUUUAGAGGCUUCCAUAUAGUUUGUUUAGCUUGCUAUACAUGGUGCUACUGGAUAACAACACAGAAAUAAAUAUUUGCUGUACAGUGCAGUAUGUAUUUGAAUGUAUGUUGUGCAAUUACUAUAAAUGUUUACAAUAUUUUUUAUAAUAAGAGAGAGGCCAACUUCAUUGUACAAUAUGAGUUGACAAAGUGAACGUAUCGGGUGAGAAGAAGCUUCAGAAAUCUUGUUGCCCACAGUUUGUAUGUUUGUCCUUAUUUACAUGAGAAAAGCACUUAAAGGAUUCACUGUGAUACGAUGUACAAUAAUGAAUAAAUAGUCUACUCUGUGCCAGAGGAAAAAGACGCAAUCUAAUAAUACUUGAUGUGAAGUAUUCGCUUUUGUUAGAUCUUGUUUUGGUUUUUAUGUCCUUUGUAAACAUUUCCAUAGACUUAGAUAGAGCUGUUAGUAAUUGUGGAUAAUAAAGUGUUUGGUUUCAAAUAAACAAAAAAAAAUGGCAUGCA